AUGAGACAUCGCGAUGUGUUGUCAGAAGAAAAGACGGAGGACGGGCGGGAAAUGAGCCCAGGGCCGCGGCUAGGGCGGGCGCAGCAGGUCGCGGGUGGAGCCCGAGUGGGCCAAUCAGGGGCGGCGAUGGGGCCGAAGGGGGUGGGGCGAGGGUGCCUGGCUAGCCGCUUUGGGCUACUUCGGCCCGCGAAGUGGAGACAUGACUUGGCGGUCGUGCCUUCCUAUUGGGUGUUAAAGCACGCGCCAGGCAUGACUCAGCAGAAGCGGGUGGACGGCCCAGAUCAGGCUAGUGGGAUCGGCACCGGCUCUCAAUAUAAAACUCGAACAACAUCAUCGAACGGAUCGGAUCGUGAUAUACCUACAUGGCCGUGGAGAACGUCUGCAAGCUGCGGUUUGCGUCUAAAGCUUUUGUCUGUCAAGUCGUCAGAAGGGUAUUUUCAGCAGCAUUUCAGCCACUCGCAGCAAGACGUGGAUCUGGCGGGCCAGGCACUGCAGGCAUUCACCAAGCGAGUCGAAACAAAGUCUUCAAUCAUGAUUGCCUAG